GCAGUGAUCAACCGCGAUCGAGAAAAUGCGCAUCAGAAUUUGGUCAUAGAUUACUUUGCCGAUAAUCCACGUUUUGGAGAAGAUAUGUUUCGUCGUCGAUAUCGGAUGUCAAGAAGUUUGUUCCUUCGUAUUGUUGAUGCAGUGAAAGAUCAUGACUAUUACUUCCAACAACGAAGUGAUGGACUUGGUAGAAUGGGAUUAUCACCGUUACAGAAAGUAACAGCUGUUUUUCGCAUGUUGGCAUACGGUCUACCAGCUGAUGCUACGGACGAAUACGUUAAAAUAGGUGAGUCAACAGCAAUUGAAAGUAUGACAAAAUUUUGUCGUGCUAUGGUGGAAAUAUUCGCAGAGCGGUAUCUACGAACACCUAACGCUAACGAUAUUGCUAGGCUACUCUAUAUUGGAAAAAAACGUGGUUUUCCAGGAAUGUUAGGAAGUCUUGAUUGUAUGCAUUGGAAAUGGAAAAAUUGUCCAACAGCAUGGUCUGGGCAAUACACAGGACGUAGUGGGUCACCAACUAUUAUCCUCGAAGCUGUGGCAGAUUAUGAUCUUUGGAUAUGGCACGCAUAUUUUGGUAUGCCAGGCACCAAUAAUGAUAUCAAUGUGCUGGAGUCAUCUAAUCUUUUCUCUAACCUAGCUCAAGGUAUUGCUCCUCCCGCUCACUAUGUUAUUCAAGGAAAAGAGUAUAAUAUGGGUUAUUAUUUAGCUGAUGGUAUAUAUCCGAAAUGGGCUACUAUUGUACAAACAAUCCAACAGCCACAAGGUAGGAAGAAAAAAUAUUUUGCCAUGAAACAGGAAGCAUGUAGAAAAGAUGUAGAACGUGCGUUCGGAGUUCUCCAAUCACGAUUUGCAAUCGUGGCAGGAUCAGCACGUUUUUGGAAAAAACAUGUAUUACAUGACAUAAUGACUGCAUGCAUUAUUAUGCACAAUAUGAUAAUCGAGGAUGAACGUGAUCUUUAUGCACCAAUUCAAGAAGUGAGGGAAGCACCAACACCAGAAGUUGAUAUGGUAGCAGAUGAAACUACAAGAUUUACUCAAUUUAUUGCACGUUACGGAAAAAUCAAGGAUAAAGAUGCCCAUAUUGCGCUUCGUAAUGCAUUGAUAGAUCAUCUAUGGGAGGAAUACACUAAUUCAGAUAGUUAAGUGCAUACUAAAUUUGUAAUUUUUACAUUGUUGUUAAUGUUUAAUUAUUUCCUUGUAUUUUAUUUCCUGUUGUGUUCUUGAAUGUAAUAUUUUGGCAAUAUCAAUAAUAAAAAUAUAAUAUUUUAGCAAUCAAGUUAUUUUAAUUAAUAAAAUAA